CUGAUUGGCCGAAGCGCGGCGUUGCCAGCAGCGGACCAAUCAGCGUGGGCCACGGUGAGAUUUUUCGAUCUACUUUUGAGGGAGACGCAGGUUAGUGUGCGUGUUUCUGACGGGAGCCGAGCAGAGAGCAGCUAAAAACCAUGAGACCGCUUGUACUCGGACUGCUGGGCUGCUCCCUGGUCCUGUCCGUCCAAGCCUUUUACUCAGCCAGCGACGAUGUUGUUGAGCUCAACCCCUCCAACUUCAACAGGGAGGUGAUCCAGAGUGACAGCCUGUGGCUCAUUGAGUUUUACGCUCCCUGGUGUGGCCACUGUCAAAACCUGACCCCUGAUUGGAAGAAGGCCGCCACUGCCCUCAAGGGUAUUGUCAAGAUCGGUGCCGUAGAUGCAGACCAGCACAAGUCACUGGGCGGUCAGUAUGGCGUCAGAGGUUUCCCCACCAUCAAGAUCUUUGGAGCCAAUAAGAACAAGCCAGAGGAGUACCAAGGUGGACGCAGUAGCCAGGCCAUCGUGGACGGAGCCAUGAACGCUUUGCGCUCCCUGGUGAAAGAGAGGCUCAGCGGCAAGUCUGGAGGCUCUGGCUACAGCAAACAGCAGCAGAGUGGCGGUGGCAGCAAGAACGAUGUGGUCGAGCUCACGGACGACAACUUUAACAAGAUGGUGCUGGAGAGCGAUGAUGUGUGGCUGGUGGAGUUCUUUGCCCCCUGGUGUGGACACUGCAAAAACCUGGAGCCUGAGUGGGCAGCUGCAGCCUCAGCUGUUAAGGAGCAGACCAAGGGCAAAGUUCGCCUCGGAGCUGUGGAUGCGACUGUGCACCAGGUUGUGUCCGGCCGCUACGGGAUCCGAGGGUUUCCCACCAUCAAGAUCUUCCGCAAAGGCGAGGAGCCUGAAGAUUACCAAGGAGGCCGCUCCCGUGGAGACAUCAUUGAGCGGGCCUUGGAUCUGUAUUCUGACAACGCUGCUCCUCCCGAGCUGGUGGAGAUCCUCGGUGAAGACAUCAUGAAGAAGACCUGUGAGGACAGUCAGCUGUGUAUCAUUGCAGUCCUGCCACACAUCCUGGACACAGGUGCUUCAGGUAGAAACGAAUACCUGGACGUGAUGAUGAAGAAUGCGGAGAAGUAUAAGAAGAAGAUGUGGGGCUGGCUGUGGACUGAAGCUGGAGCGCAGAUGGAGCUGGAGGCCUCUCUGGGUAUUGGUGGUUUUGGUUACCCCGCUAUGGCGGCCAUCAACACACGCAAGAUGAAGUUUGCCCUGCUCAGGGGCUCCUUCAGUGAGAAGGGAAUCAACGAGUUCCUCAGGGAGCUCUCUGUGGGCCGCGGCUCAACCUCCACAUUUGGAGGAGGUUCCAUGCCCAAGAUACACACUGUUGAGCCCUGGGACGGCAAAGAUGGAGAGCUUCCAGAGGAGGAGGACUACGAUCUCAGUGAUGUAGACCUGGAUGACGACUUGGAGAAGGACGAGUUAUGAGCCCAAAUGGGGCGGGAUCUGAUCCAGACUGCCACGGUUUUAUCUGGUCAGGUCUGGUCCUGUGUGACCUGCCUCCCCUCUCCUGUGGAUGAAUGGGGAUGCCUGGUCGCCCAGUUACUGAAAUACUCCAGAAAAGACACAUGAGAGACACCUGCAGUUUCUCACAUCAUCUUUGUCAGUCACACGGGGGAAGAAGGGGGGGGCGGGAGGGGGGAGGUGUGUCUGUGUCGUGUCCCUGGAGUGAACUCUGCCUCACAUACCUGCUGAACGUUAGAAGUUGCAUAUUUAUACAACCUCCGCCAGCUGAGUGGCAGGGGGGUGAAUAUGAAUGUGUCUGAGUUGUUCAUUCACGUCUUUAUCAAACAUCAUUUCCCUCCUUCCUCUUCAGCUCCCCUCAAGCACCUAUUUUAAGAUGUGGACUUGUCAAAGUAACACUUCAAUGUUCAACCAGAUGUGACUUUAUUGUUUUUUUUUGUUUUUUUUUUUUGUCUCUUUUUAAUCCAGUAAGUGUGAAUCUCGUUGAGUUUGCAUCAUGUCUGUCCAGGACAAGGGGAUACUGUGGGACUUCUUGUGUAGAUUUUUCUUACACGACUUUAUUUCAAUUGUGUGAAAACAAAAUGAUGUUUUUGUUACAAAAAUAAAAAGGAAUAAAAACAA